AUGGCGGGCAUUAAAUACAUGCUGCAAAAGGAAGUGUUUGAGUCGGACGAGCGCAUCUUGUCCGUCUGCAAUGUCACGGAGCUGUACAAGAAGAAGAAGAACUCCUAUCUGACCAUCGUCACUGCCACACGCUCGCGCGUGGUCCAGGUGACCCUGGCGCAGGUGAAGCAGUACGACAAGGGUGUGUACAAAAAGAAGCGCACGUGGACGCUGGACGAAGUGAAGGUGGUGGAUGGGAAAUUGGACUCUCCGGAGACGCACGAGUUGGACAUUUCGCUGGAGAAGCAGUACAAGUGGUUCGCCGUGAAUCUGCACGAGAGACAGAAUUUCAUCACGGUGCUGUGGAAGCAGAUCAAUAAGCAUGUGGCCGGAGAGAAGGCCGUGUUCAGGAACAUUCCCAAGGCGUGGCUCACGGAAUUGUCUCCGGAGCGUGUGGCGCGCGAGAAGAGCGACAGUGUGAAUGAAGAGGAGAAUGGUGACGAUCCGGAGGCGUAUGAGGAAUUUCAUGCGCUCACUGAUAAGGAGGAGCUGCACUUGACGCGACUGAUAGGCGAGUGCAACUUCGCCAUCAGCGAUGCCGAGCAGUUCAUGGAGCAGCUGGGGAAGAACCUACAGGAGUUGGACGGUGCCAAUGUGCAGAGCGUGUUGGCGUCCGAGAAGCAAGUGAACGCGCUGAUGGAACAGAUUGAGACGGCAAUUGCUGAGGCGGAACGAGUGGAGGAACGCCUGGAUGCCUAUGAUGAGAUCCUGUGUCACAUCCGAGACACGAUGGAGAAGAUGGGCGAGAAGAAUACGAUGAUCGAAGUGGCAAAUGCCAACAAUAUCAAGCUGAUGGGGGAGCUGGAGAGGAUUGUGACGCAACUGGACUUGGCUCAUGCCCACCAAGUUGCUCUCACGGACACGGAUCUCACGUCGCCGUCGGGACUGGCGGCGGCAAUUGCUGCCGGCAAGGCUCUGCAGACGGCCAUGAACAGUGACAUCGAUCCCGCCCUGCUGCGCCUCACGGCUGUCCAGGAUCAGCGGAAGCGCUUCGAGAAGUGGAAGGCGAAGUUCUCCCAAACCAUCAGUCGGCAUCUCAACAACAUGUUCAUCCACUUGGGCAACGACCUGGGCGAGGGCCAGGGCAGCGAUCCGCAUCUGCCCAAGCACACUUCCGUGCACAGAGAGCUCGCGAGCUAUGGCGAGCUAAUGCAUUGGCUGAAGGCGAUGGACAGGAAGGCGUACGAUCAGCUGGCGAAGGUGUACACGAGCUCUCUGAACAAGGUGUACGAUCGCGAGAUCCGCCACUUCUUCGAUCAGGCUCGGCAGCAGGUCAUGCGCGAGGAUGUGGCCGCGUCCACGAGUGCCACGCGUGGGAAGCAGCUCCUCCAGCCGUAUGGCAUCAUCGGCAUCAACCGGGAUCUCUGGGCGCCGGGAAUUGAGGGUGCUGAGAGGCAGAAGCUGGAUGGAAUACUGGAGAAAGUGCUGGGAGAUCUGGAGCCGAUGGCGCUGAGUGAGCAGCUCUUCUGCAUCUCAUUCUUCCAGAUGGACGUUCUCAGUCCCACGAGUCGCAACACCCAGACCACUCUCGAUGCUGCUGCAGCCGAGCGCGAUGAUCAGGCCGUGGUGGUGUCGCCGCCACAGAAGCGGAUUGACAGGCAGAUCAACGAGGAGGUGCGCAAGAUGAUGACAGAAUUAUUUGGGUGUCUGGAGCCAGAGCUCAACAGCUUCAUCCAGAGCUUCGAGAAGGUCGACAGCCUGUACUCAAUGUAUGUCCUCGUGAGACUGUCUCAGCAUGUGAUGUCAGCCCAGGAUGCGCACUCCUUCCUCAGCAUGACCUUCGCCUCGGCUCUGGUGCACGUGAAGAGGAACUUUGACAAAUUCAUGCAGACUCAAUUGCAGUCCGUGCGGGAAGCGAAGGUGCCGAAGCGAUCAAAGUGCGGCCUUUUGCCGUACGUGGAGAACUUCGAGGAGUUUAGCACGAGCGCCGAGAAGAUCUUCAAGAAAUCCGAGCGCCGAGCGGACCUGGACAAGUGGUAUACGCAGCUCGUGGCGACAAUCUUCGAGAUGAUCCCCAAUCAUGCGCAGGAGCACUCGAAGACGCCUCGGCAGGUGGUGAACAUGGAGAACUACCAUCACAUGCACUCCCUGCUGGCGCAGCUGAAGGUGGUGGCUCUGGAUGGGCAGAAGAAGGAGGCGAAGGUGCGCUACAAGGAGGCUCUGGACGCCUAUGUGACGAAGUACUUCGGUCGGCCGCUGGAGAAGCUCAAUCUCUUCUUCGAGGGUGUGCAGCUGAAGGUGCAGCAGGGCGUGAAGGAGCAGGAGAUCAGCUAUCAGAUGGCGUACUCGAAGCAGGAGCUGAGGAAAGUUAUUGCGCAGUAUCCAGCGCGAGAGGUGAAGAAGGGCCUCGAGCAUCUGUACAAGAAAGUGGAGAAGCAUCUCUGCGAGGAGGAGAAUCUCCUGCAAGUGGUGUGGCGGGCAAUGCAGGAGGAGUUCAUUGUGCAGUAUAACUUCCUGGAGGAGAGGAUUCAGCGGUGCUACGCUGGUGCUAUGAUCACGCUGGAUUUCUCCAUUGAUGACAUCCUUGAGUUCUUCUCGGAAAUCGCACGUUCGCACUAAGAGUUAAUAAAUUAUGCCGAGAGUUCUGGCGCACCAGUAAUUUA